GCGCAUAGUGCUGCACGCACACAUAGUAUUCGUGAUUGCAGGAGUUCACGCCCAGCAAGUUCCUGAUAAUGUUUACUUUUUGUCACGCGACCUGAGGAUAAAUCCGAUAACAUACCAAGAUGGAUUUCUUGAAUAAGCCUGUUGCAGAGGUGUGGAGGGCAACUAAAAGAACCUUGGCAGAAAUAAUGGACAGCAAUGAAGGUGCGAGGAGCCCUGGUACAUCCAUGCAGCGGAGCAGUUAUGAUCAGGAAAUGAAGAGGGAUUCGGAACCGUCUGGCUCAUCUUCAAGGUCACCAAACUCCGGCAGAAAAUCCAGGUCAAGUUUUGGUUACAUCAAAGGGCGCCGUCGAUCUCAUGAAGGCAAUCUGAACAUGGAAGACCAUGUAACAGAACGAGAGAAUAGACCCAUGGAUUGCAAUGAGGGAACAGAAAUGGGAAGUGGUCAGCAGAGUGCAUCAAAUGAUUCUUUAGACUUUGCAGAGGUCCAGACGAGCCCCCCGCAGCCAGUGAUGCCCAAGAUCAAAGGCAAGGACAAACAGAGAGAGGACAGAGAGAGGACCAAGACAGCUUGGACCAAAUUCAGGUUAGGCUACCUGGGUAAGAAUUCAAGUUCAACCGAUGUGGAUGAUGGUGAGGUAGGUAGUGCAGAGAAGUCAUCAGUUUUGCCCUCACUCAUGGACAAGUCCUCACCAACAUAUAGUAGUCCAGGAAAGACUAAGCCAUCAAGUAGGACUUCAAGAAGGUCCCGUGGGGAAAUUAACACCAAAGGUUUUGAUUUCCGAUCUCGCUUUCGCAGCAAUUCUAGUGACCGGGCGACAAUGAGGAGGAGGGAGCGUGAAGAGAGGGAAAGGACAAGACGGUCAUCAUAUUCCAGAUCAACAUCCUUUGAUGCCAAUGACGAGGUUGAGGAUGAGGGAAAUACUGCCAGUGAUGACGCAGGAGAUGACCAGUCCGAGAAGGUCAAAACCAAGCUGCUCUCCAUGUGGAACAAUGUGAAGUAUGGAUGGACAGUAAAAACCAAGACCAAUUUCAGUAUCCACAAACCGAUAUGGUUCCUUGGCAAGUGCUACCACCAAAGGCCUGAAGAUCCAGACCCAGAACGACCACCAGGAAUGGAUUCCGUCCGCUCCAUGGUGAUCGAGAUGUUCAAGCAAGACUUCAGCUCCCGUCUGUGGAUGACCUAUCGUAGGGAAUUCCCCACCCUAGCGGGGUCUAACUUUACCAGUGACUGUGGGUGGGGCUGUAUGCUGAGGAGCGGUCAGAUGCUACUUGCCCAUAGUCUUAUACUACAUUUUCUAGGCAGGGGAUGGAACAUAUACAAACCACAAACUCAAGAGAUGCUCCAGUUCCAUCGUCAGAUUGUCCGUUGGUUUGGUGACCAGCCGCUGGACAUGAGUCCUUUCUCUGUCCAUCGGUUGGUGGGUAUCGGUCAGACUAACGGGAAGAAGGUCGGUGACUGGUACGGUCCUUCAUCAGUUGCGCACAUCUUGAAGGAAGCUAUGGAUUCUGCUGAUGAACUCAACCCACUUUUAGGAGAAGUCUGUAUCUAUGUGGCACAGGACUGCACAGUAUACAAGCAGGAUGUGAUUGAUCUGUGCAGAAGUAAAUCCAAAAAGAGACUGCAACCCGUGUACAGAGACAUACCAUCAUCAGAGGAUAGUUCCCCUGUACGUUGUAAAACCAGUCCAAACAUGGUCCCAACAUACAUCCCUGGGGUACACCAUGAACACUUACAAGGGAGCAUUCCACGUGUCACCAAAGAUCAAAGGCAGAGUACUUCCGGUUUGGAUAUGGGGACCAGGGUUGGGUCAAGGUUGGCCAAAAGUCAUGAGAGGGUGUUAAGCAUGUACUCCGGACCAGGUAGGAGUGAGACAUCAUCGAGGUCCAGUUCCAAUGGAUACAAUUCACACAGCAAUGUCACAAGUACUAGCAGUCUAAAGGAUGUACCAAGUCCUCAAGACCCAAAUGUGCACAGACUAGAUGCCAAAAGUAGUUUAAGCAGCCAAGGAUACAGCACUAGCUUACCUGCGAGGACAGGUGUAGGUCUUUGUCCAGAACUCUCAAAGACUAGUAGUGAUGACAGAUUGAGUAUGGAAGAUGGAUUCGCUCCUAAUAUUUGUACUGCCAGUGACCUGAAAGAGGAUGAGAGAACAAAAGAUUCUGCCCAAGCUAGUGUUGAGAUGAAGGAUGUGUCAGAAAUAUCAAACAUUGAGGACGAGGAUGUCUUUGGUUCAAGUGAAGAGGAAGUGAGGACUAGAACUCCAAAUUAUCUUUAUGCAAGCUCUCCUCUCUCGCAUCAAUCAACGUCAGAGAGUUCCUCAAGAUCAGAAACUUCUUCCGAUGAGAGUGUCCCCAAAAGUUUGCAUCCCCAACCACCCCCAAACCCCACAGGUAUGGACCCUAAGAGCAAUGUUACCGAUGAUGAUGUAUCCGUUGGAGACGUAGGAGAGCCUCCUGUCCAACCGUCCAGGUCAAGGACUAGCACAUCAGCAGAGGGCGACAAACCUUGGUGUGCUGUCAUUAUCUUGAUUCCAGUGAGGUUAGGUGGUGAUGAGGUGAACCCUGUUUACAUCAGACCAAUCCAAUCACUAUUCACUCUUGAGAGCUGCCUAGGUAUCAUCGGUGGAAAACCGAAACACUCACUCUAUUUUGUUGGAUUUCAAGAGGAGAAGUUAAUUCAUCUGGACCCUCAUUAUUGUCAACAGGUGGUGGAUAUGAAGACUAGGGACUUCCCUUUAUGGUCCUUCCAUUGUAUGUCACCGCGUAAGAUGAGCAUCUCUAAGAUGGAUCCUAGCUGUACCAUUGGUUUCUAUAUAAGGACGGAGGAACAGUUUGAACAACUAUGCAGAGAACUUCCAACGGUUGUAUCACCCCUCGGCUCUCAUGCUAGUGACUACCCCAUGUUUAUUGUUAGAGAUGGACGAUGCGGGGACUGGCAGAACAGGAACACCAACACUAACCGACCCGAGAGGUACCUUAGGGUGCGUCAUGUUGAUGAGAAUGGGAGACUCAUCGCCCCCGUCAAGGAAUCUGAAGACUUUGUCCUUCUUGAUAGCUAGGGGUUAUACCCAAGAUUAGUAAGAUCACAAGGCAUGAAGAGAGUCGGAACAAGAAUAUCAACAAUAAAGAGUAGAAAGAUGUAUGUACCUCAAGGUGGGUCAUGUUGAUAAGAAUGGGAGACUCAUCAAGGAAUCUGAAGACUUUGUCUUGUUAAAUAGCCAGAGGUCACAAGGGAUUGUUGUGGGUAUAACUAUAAUCAAAUCAAGAACAUCAUGAGAAUAGAAGAAGACUCACCGCCUCUGUCAUAGAAUCCGAAGACUUUGUUCUUUGAGAUCAACCACAAAGAACUAGUGUAAGAAAGCUAUUUCUUGGAUUGCUAGUGAUGCUGCGGUAGAGGACUUCAAGCCUAUAAUGAAAUCUGAGGACUAAGCCGUUCUUGGAAUCAGCUGAAUGUGAUGCGGCAAACCCAAGAUAAAUACAGGCUAUGUCUUGGCAAUGCAAAUUAUUGACUCUUUAGGGAGGCUUCAGGUUUGGUACUGUAAGCUGAGAUUGGUGUUUAUGCAAAGCCCAGGGUGUAAGUCUCAGAAGUCCAAAAUACAUGUCUGUCCCAAUUAGAAGAGUGUUGAAUUGAAAAUCCCACCACUUUAGAAUCAGUUGUCUAAUGAGUUUUUUUUUUUCAUCAUCAGUUGGUAAUCAUUUCUUAUCUAUCUGGUGUUUGUGCCAAAACAGAAUGGUGUAAAACUUUUCUGAUGUGGACAGCUGGAUAUUUCGAGUUGUUGUAUUAUCACUCUGUUUUGUUUUUGACAGUGCACACUACCAGGGGUGUGAGGGUUAAACUUUUCUAAUGUCACAUUUUUCUUUUGAUUUUUCACUUCAGCUUAUUCCAGCUUUUCUCUUUGUGAAAGUAUGGGAGAUCUGUCAAUUCCAGCUAUUUUUCAACGUUCUUAGGCUUUUUUCCCCCCACCUCAUUUUAUCUUUUUUUAUCUGUGAUCUCUCACACCCCAGCACUACACAAACACCACCCACAACACCUAACUUGAAAUAAAUCUGGUGUUUGUAUAAUCUUUCAAAACGGUCAAGUCCACAGCACCAAGUUGAUUUGAAGAAAAGAGAAAAAUCAUACAGGUGUUAAUUCAAUUUAAAAAAAAAACCCCAUCAAUAUCAAUUGUGAAUUUUAAGAUGAAAGGGUAUUUUUCUGUUUUUGCUGAGUUUCCUAAAAGGCAAUAUGUAAAUGAGGGAACUGAUGACAUCACUUGCAACCAUUGGCCCAAAUUCAUAAAAGUAUCUUUGAAUCCUUGGUCAGCUACCAUGGUUUAAGUCUCUCUUUUUUGUUUUCAUUUUUACAGUUUCCUGUACACACAACAUUGUUCUUAAUUUUUAAAGUUUAUUUUACUCAAGUUGUACAAAUUGUGUUUUUUAAUGAUCUGUUCAUUUAAAAGUCCCUCACUCAACUUACAUAUUUGUUUAUUCAAGACAAUAUUUUUUUUAAUUAGUUGUAGAAAGUACUACUAGGCCAAAAUUGUAUACUUAUUGGUUCUUACUGUAGUUUUCAAUUUGGAUAUUUUCACAUUGUCCUUAAUUUUCCUGAGAUGGCAGUAUUGUACAAGGACACAUUUUCAUGAGAUCUCAGGCAUUAUGUCUGCUGCUAUUUUCCACUGCCAUGCUAUGUACUUACAUACAUAUACCCUUGUUAUGUACAUUGUGUAUAUAAAAUCUUGUUAUCUAUUUUGUUUUAUUCUGUUUUUUGUGUGUCUUCUAAUAUUUUUUAUUUUCAAAAAAAGUGUGAUGUCAUUAUGAUUUGUGAAAGUACUUAUUUCCCAUGAUCUUGCUGUUUCUAUGAACAAUUAUUUUAAAAAAAAAACAUUCUCUCAAUUUAUUUAUAUGGGUAGAAAUAGAAUUCAUUGAAAUUGUGUCCUAGUAUUUUCGAGAGAUGCAUGUGAUUAAUAUUGCUCUUUAAAAAAUGGAAAAUUAUAAACCCAUUUUAAUAUUUUCAAUGCUACAUGUAUGUCUACCCACAACAGUCUAAAAUCAUAUUUCAAUCAUAUUCUCUGUUGAUUAUUAACAUUGCAAAAAAGACAUGUACUAUACACAUUAACUUUUGAAACAGAUUUGAUUGGAAUUCAUUUAAAGUGUUUUUUUUUAAUAGAAUCAAGUAUCAAUGCAAGUGAGUUUAUAUCCAUGCUUCCAACACAGUAAUGAUGAUGAUUAUCAUAUUAUUAUGCUAUUUUAGAUAACCAGCAUAAAUGACAGUAUUUUAGUAUUUAUCAUAUGAUUUUUUUUUCAAAAUUGACUGAAAAUGUGGAUAAUGAUUGAAAUUUUAUUGUACAUUGUAUUGACUAGAAGAUGGGUGUUCCAUAAAGCUGUUUGUGAAUUGCAUAUGAAUUAGGAUUGGAUGGAAAAUAUCCUAUUAUUGAAACAUAGUAACUAUUAUCUAAUGAUUCAGUAAUGGCAACAAUACAGAUUUGAUUUACAGCAACAAAUCCACUCUACAAAAUACUUAAGUUUAUUAAAUUGUGGUCAGUAGUCUGGGUCUUUAAUAUUGAAAAUCAUUGUUUUGACUAAAAAUCUUAUCUAUUGAUAAAUGUUUAACUUUGGCUGAACGAAAAAAAAAAUCAUCUAAUACCAUAUUCAAGUUGUCAUUAAAGUCAUUCAUAUCUAAAAAGGUUUAAGAAACUUUUAUGAACCCUUUCCACAGAAAUGAUAUUCAUGUUUACUUUCAUGUGCUCCUAUUUGUAAAAUGUGUGAAUAUGAAGUAAGUAUCUACAUGUAUGAAAUAAGAUGUUGGAAUUAUACAUGUGUGUACAGUAUGACAUGGAAUUAUUUUGAUUGCAUUAUGUUUCAAAGUUGUGGAGGAGGAGGUAUCAGUAAUGGUGUAUAAAUCUUGAAUGUGUACUUAUCUUUCCUCCACAAAGUGUUUCGAACGAGCAAAUUUAUUUUAGAUAUUUCUUUGUUCCAUUUUAUCACAGAAAGAAUUUUUAUUUUAUUAUCUUAAUGUACAAAAUAGUUUAUCCAAAAUUUGAUUGUGUACUAUCUUUUUUGUAUAUUAUGUCAAGGUUCUUGUUUAAAGAGUGCUUAUAUUUAGUUAUAAAAUGAAACAUUUUUAGUUAGUUUGUUUUUAAUUGAUUAUGGGAUUGUGCAGUUUAGAAUUGAAUGUAAACAAUAUACUGUAUUUUUUGUUUUAAUAUGUGGGAUAUUAGGUGGAAUUUUAAUUAUUGUAAUGAGUUAUCUGGGUACUUAUAGAAUUGUUCUUCAAAGUCAAUGGUGCCAAUAUGACCAUGGUUACGUUCAACUAAAUGCUCUGUAAUAUACAAGAAAAAGAAUAUAGAAUUACCUAGUCCGUAUCCAUGAAUUUCAACUCGCUCUCAUUGUUUUUAGAUAAAUUUUCUUUCGUUUACUGAAAUAUCUGUGCAUGAAAUUUCAUUCAUUAUGAAAGCUAACAAUCUAUCUUUAGAAUGAAAUAUAUCAAAUUUAAAUGAUA